AUGGACUUUGACCCUUUAUCGCUAUUCACGCCGCUGGGGUCGUCCAUAAACGUGGAAAUAGCAGUUCUGCUGCUGCCUGUUGAGACUCUCGACACGGUGAAAAUUGAAAACUUCGAAACAUCCAAGAAUAUCAUAGCUCUGCUGCUUCCCGAUGAGGAGGAUGACUUGGCUGAUUUAGUGCCUUUGCAUAUCCACGACUUGCCUUUGCUCAAGAUGGAACCUCCAUUUGUGGUAAUUUCGGUGUUUCUAAAGCUUUUGGCACCACUAACGGUGCAUAACUUCGAUCCUCCUUCGGAAACCAACCAAGACAUCGCUUCUACGUUUGAAGAGAAGAGCAUAUCUACAGAGGAAGCUGAAGGUGCUCUUGCUUGGUUAAAUGGAAAGGGAAGGUUUUCCAGCUUGGAGUCGUUGGCUGCAGUGGCUACCUUGGCUGAUCUGCUUAGGAAGUCAUUUGUGGCUCAGUACAAUGGCUGGUUGACCAGACUAAUAUCAUCUGACUUGGAGUGGCUUGAGGACGACGAGAUAGACAGCAUAAGGUCAUUGACGGCGCUACGGCUUGCGGAGAACUGCGGCAGGACCGCCCAGCCCGAGUUCAUCAGACACAUUGAUAUUCCUGGCCUCGAGAAGACUAUAUUUCUUAAAGAGCCUUCUUUGACGUCAGACAAGUUGGGCCUCAAGACAUGGGGGUCACUGUUUAUUCUUGGAAAACGACUUGCAUCAAAACCAGCAUACUUAGAAGGUUCAGUGUUGGAAUUGGGUUCAGGCACAGGCUUGGUCGGUAUGGUUUCUUGUGUAUUGGGAUUCCCUACAGUGCUUACUGAUUUGCCUGAUAUUGUACCCAACCUCACCGACAACAUUGAACUUAACAGCAUAGAAAACGCUUCUUCGGAUAGUCUCGACUGGAGCAAUCCUAGAAGCUACUUGGAGGCACAUAACCUGCCAAGAUACACCACAAUCAUUUUAUCGGAUCCCUUGUAUUCGUCAAAGCAUCCCGCAUGGAUUGUCAGCAUGAUAAACACCUUCCUAGAAGACUCACCAGAAGCUAGAGUAUUGCUACAGGUGCCCAUCAGAAGAACAUUCGAACAGGAAAGGGCAAACUUGUGGCAUCUUUUAGACAUCAACGGCUACAUUGCACAAGAGGAAGAUACUGAAGUUGGCUACGACGAUUUCGAAGCUUCAUAG